AUGCCUUCCUUCAAAGCUGCUGUUAUUUCCUUCCUGGCUGCUACUGCUGCCGCACUCCCCUCAAUGCCCAAGUUGACUGAGCGGCAACUGGAGUAUCACACUGUCGCCAAGAGGCAGAAUGCUGCUGCUCAAGCUCUGGGUCUCAAUGACUUUGACAUUCUUCAAUUUGCUCUGACCCUUGAGAACCUCGAGGAGUCCUUCUAUCGUGAAGGCUUCGCCAAGUUCCCCGCGUCCGACUUCAAAGCCCUCGGCCUCAGCGAUGAGCAGAUCAAGGACCUCCAGGGCAUUGGCUUCACCGAGUCCGAGCACGUCAUCAUCCUUCAGUCUUCGCUCGCACAGAACGGUAUCCAGCCCGUCCAGCGUUGCACUUACAACUUUGGCUUCACCAGUGCCGCGGCCAUGGUCCAGACUGCAGCCAUUCUCGAGAACGUCGGCAUCUCAGCCUACCUCGGUGCCGCUCCCCUGCUGGCAUCUCCCGCCAUCCUCGGUGUUGCCGGCUCCAUCCUCACCAUCGAGGCCCGCCACCAGAGCUCCAUCCGUGUCUUUGGCGGCCAGACGGCUGUUCCCCAGGCCUUUGAUGCGCCUCUCGGCCCCAAGGCUGUCUUCUCUCUCGCCGCUCCCUUCAUCCAGUCUUGCCCCGAGGGCUCCAACCUCAAGCUUACCGCCUUCCCUACUCUCAAGCUGGCCAACCCCAGCGACCCUACCACCACCAACUCUGUCCUGAAGCUUCAGUCUGACGCUGCUAGCGGCGCCAAGUUCUGUGCCUUCACGUCUGGUGGUGUCACUCCCGGCGGCACCAUGUUUACUCCCUUUUCUCAGACCGAUGGCUGCAAGAUCCCCGAGGGAGUUGCCGGCAUCACCUACCUGUCGCUCUCCAGCGCCGGCCCUCUGACUGGUGCUCUCACCGACGACAUUACUGUUGCCGGCCCCAUUGCCAUUACGGUGUCAUAA